AUGAAAAAGUAGAAUAAAAACAUUUGUAUUUGAUAUUAGGGAGAGAAAGAAAGAGAACCCUCCACCCUCUCCUGAAGGCGGCGAUCGGAAGUUAGGAGAGCAGAAUGAAAAUCCGAUCGGUGUUCGACGGCGGCGCACUGAGAACUGAAUUCGAGAAAAUUGGAAUCGACCCAAAGUUCGUUCCAAUCCUAUGGAAGCAUCUCUUUCUCACUCUCAGAAACAGUAACACCGAAAUCAAUUCACCAUGUGAUUGGGAAUGGGAAAAACACGUUCCUUCUUUGCCUUCUUCAGCCUAUACCUUCCUUCGUUCCAAUUUCAAAACCCCUCUCUCUUCUACUCUUCACUCCGUUUUCCACUCUUCUGAUAACCUCACUUCAAAGCUCCUCAUCAAGCUUCAUAAUGGAGAAUUUGUGGAGGCUGUGAUAAUGAGAUAUGAUACUCGUUUGGGUAAAUAUGGUGGUAAACCUCGUCUUGGUGGUCUCAGAGCUACUCUGUGUAUUUCUUCUCAGGUAGGGUGCAAAAUGGGUUGCAGAUUCUGCGCAACUGGAAGUAUGGGAUUCAAAAGUAAUCUAUCCUCUGGAGAAAUUGUGGAGCAAUUGGUUCAUGCCUCUAGUUUUGCACAAAUCCGUAAUGUUGUCUUUAUGGGAAUGGGAGAGCCUCUGAACAACUAUUCCGCUGUGGUAGAAUCUGUUCGUAUCAUGACUGGGUCACCAUUUCAAUUGUCAUUGAAAAGGAUUACCAUCUCAACGGUUGGCAUCAUUCAUGCUAUCAACAAGCUUCAUAAUGAUUUGCCUGGUUUGAACUUGGCAGUCUCACUACACGCACCAGCCCAAGACAUCCGUUGUCAGAUAAUGCCCGCUGCCCGUGCUUUUCCUUUGGAAAAACUAAUGAAUUCACUGCAAGAAUAUCAAAAGAAAAGUCUGCAGAAAAUAUUAAUUGAAUACAUAAUGCUUGAUGGUGUGAAUGAUGAAGAGAAGCAUGCCCACCUAUUAGGAAAACUGUUGGAGACAUUUGAAGUGGUAGUGAACUUAAUACCUUUCAACUCCAUCGGUACAUUGAGUCAAUUCAAACCUACUAGUGAGCAGAAAGUGUUCAACUUUCAGAAAAUUUUAAGAGGUACCUAUGAUAUUAGAACAACAGUUCGGAAGCAGAUGGGUGAGGACAUAAGUGGUGCGUGUGGACAGUUGGUGAUUAACGCACCUGAUAAAUCUCUUGGAAAUGCGGAUCCCUUAACGGACAUAGAAGAUCUUGUAAUUUGAUAUUAAGUAUUCAUGUAGGUUUAAUUUCACUCUUAGGGCUGAAUUUUUUUUCUUAAAAAUCGUUUCCUUGUUUUAUGUAUUGUUUGUAAUUGAAAUCUAUAGAAAUUAGAAGCAGAAGUCAAGAUGCACUUAGUGAAGUGCAAGUGGGCAUUGAAAAUCCUUAAUAUAAGUGAUCCUUGAUCCUCCUAAUUUUUAUAUACUGCUAGCAACUGAACUUGCUAACUUACACA